CGGCUCGUCCGCAACACCAAUGUAUUGAUCGGAAGACUUCCCGAAAACUUCUUGAGAUUCUCGAGCGAUGAGACGAAUGGCGAGUCGGAUGGCGGACAGACUGAGAGGCAGAUCCAGUGCGAUGAAGAGGUGGCGAUGGCUCUGCAACAGCAACAGUACCACCGAUGGGGUGCGAGUCCGCAGAACAUCAGAGGCAGACUCGAUGUGACCAUCGCUGAGGCCCGACUCGUCAAGAACUAUGGCGUCACUCGAAUGGAUCCAUACGUGAGACUCCGCAUCGGACACCACGUCUAUGAGACCCGCACCUGCUAUAACGGCGCGAAGAAUCCGAAGUGGAAUAAAGUGUUUCAUUGUUAUUUACCGCAAGGCGUGGACUCCUUCCACAUCGAGAUCUACGACGAGUGCUCCUUCACUAUCGAUGAGAUGAUUGCAUGGGUUUUGUAUAAAAUUCCCGAAUCGACGAUCACUUCCGGACAGACGGUCGAGGAAUGGGUGGAUCUGAACGGCAAACAGGGAGACGGCAAAGAGGGACAGAUAUGUAUUGUCACCUCAUUUACGCCUCUAAACAAGACUGCAUUGCAAAACACUGGAUACCCAGUGGCGGCCGCCCCUAUGGUGCCCGUCAUAAUGCCCAACCAGUACGGCGUGGUUUACGGCACUAAUCCCGCUUUACCUCAAGUCUAUGUACAACCGGGUCCUCCACCCACGGGAGCACAGCCUCAGACGCAACCCAUUGUGAUCAGCGAAGAGGAUGUGAAACAAGUAUCAGAAAUGUUUCCCAACGUUGAGAUCGAUGUCAUCAAAGCUAUUAUGGAAACCCAGAGAGGAAACAAAGACCGAACCAUCAAUUCNCCCACGGGAGCACAGCCUCAGACGCAACCCAUUGUGAUCAGCGAAGAGGAUGUGAAACAAGUAUCAGAAAUGUUUCCCAACGUUGAGAUCGAUGUCAUCAAAGCUAUUAUGGAAACCCAGAGAGGAAACAAAGACCGAACCAUCAAUUCCUUGCUUCAGAUGACGAGUGAAAACAAUUGA